GGGAAUUUCUUCGAUGAAUUUCAGAUGGAAGGAGUAGCUGCAGAGCACAAUGAAAUCUAUUUAGAGUUGGUGCCUGAGAACCUGUCGAGAGCCUUAAAAACUGCCCAGAGUGCUAAGGCAGUGAAGAUCAAGUUGACUAACAAACACUGUCCCUGUCUCAGAGUUGCCGUGGAGCUACCAUCCUUGUCAAGCAGCAGUAGGAUUGUGACACACGACAUUCCUGUGGGAGUUAUUCCCAGAAGAUUAUGGAAUGACUUCAGAGAGCCCAGUGUGCCGGACUUUGAUGUCAGUAUUUACCUACCAGCGCUGAAAACAAUGAAGAGUGUUGUGGAGAGAAUGAAAAAUCUCAGCAAUUCCAUUGUGAUUGAAGCAAACAUGAGUGGAGAAAUGAACCUGAAAAUAGAAACUGACUUGGUGUCUGUAACAACGCAUUUUAAAGAUUUGGGAAAUCCUCCUUGGGCAUCGGAGGAUGGAUGUCAAAGUUCUGCUCAAGACAGGGAUCCGGAGAGCAUGGCCGAGGCACGCAUAGACAUCAAGAAGUUGCAGCAGCUGCUUGCAGGACAGCAGGUCAAUCCCACAAAAGCCUUGUGCAAUAUUGUAAGUAAAAGAGUUGUCCACUUCAUCUUGCUCCACGAGGAUGUUUCGCUUCAGUAUUUCAUUCCAGCGCUUGCCUGA